CAAGUCGACAUUUCUACCACUUACAACGUUCACAACGUGUAUCCUUUUCCAACCCGUCAUACCAACACGUUGCAUUUUGGUUACCAUGCCAACAAGGGCGAAAACAAACAGCCAAAAAAGAACUGAAAUUUUGCAGUGAAAGUGCAUUGAGAGUUCUAAAAGUUUUAAUGGAAAAUAUUACAUGCUGUGUUGAUAAUUAAUUGCUUUUAUUAAUGUAUCAAUUGGAUCACCAUGAAGAAAACGUCAACUCAACCAAUUAAAAAACCUACUGUGGCAAAACGACUUCCACCAUCUGCACCAAAACCAGAGGAUAAUCCAGAUACAAAAAAGAAGCAAACUGACCUAACACCCAAGUCUACUUCUCAAAAUACAACAAAAAAAACAACUUCUCAACCAACACAGCCAACUGCAACAAGAAUAGAAAGAAAACCCAAAACCGAAGCGGUCAAACAACGUGUAGUAACCAAUCCCAAAGCUAGCCUAGCUCAGCUCAAGAAACAACUUCAAGCCGCUUCAUCAACCAGAAAUGUGCCUCAACCAAAGAAACCGACACCUGGAAACUUUAACGUAACCGUCAAUUCCCCACCAAGCAGCCGAAAGCCAACAUCGGAGGAACCGAAGGCGCCCACGCCACGUGAUCGGACGAAAACCCGAACAUUGAAACCGGAGGAAGUCACGGUACUAAAGCCAAUACCUCAUAUUCCCAGUGACGUAAGCAAAGAACCCCCUAAAGCGCCGGUUUCAUUUGAUAUUCAAUUUCAAAACGACAAACCAAGUUCGUCAUCAAGUGCCAACCAGAGAAUUGCCCAUCACGUGGCUGAGCCUGAACCCGAUGACGAUGACAAAUACGAAUCGGAAUUCGAGUCAUACGAAUCUGAUUUUGAAUCUGGGUCAUCGAAGAAAUCAUCCUGUACAGCCGCAUCUGCGAAAAGUUCUUGUUCAUCAAGGUCUUCCUCGUCCAGUGUCUCGGAGUCAUCAUCAAGCUCGGAUGAAGAGCAUGGCAAAUCCCAAGCUAACAACGAGCAGAAGUUGGAUUCUGGGAACUAUGAAAUGAAAAUGAAGCGUCUGCUGACGGUCAAUGAAAAAGGUAAUUCCUUGAUGGCAGAACCAAAACAAGAUGACAAUCAACCAGAUUCUGGUAUGAACAGUGGAUUGUUUGAAAAUCAUUCAGCUUCAACUAGUACAAAAUUGCUGCAGAAACGAUAUGCAGACAUACUGGAAAAGCUAUCGUUCAACACGAUGGCAUUCGAAUUGUACGAAGAUCAACCGGUGCCGUAUGAGUUAUUCUUAAAGAAUUACGGUAAGACCAAGGAUGUUCAAAAUUACACACAAACUGAAACAGACACACACAGUAGUGAUGCGCAAACAGAAAGAAUUCAUCAAAAAUCCGCUUGGGUUCAAUAUCCUCCUCAAUUCUCACUAUUCUGCCUGAACAAUAUGACGGCAAACCCCGACAAAUAUUCAGAAGAGAAGCUAGGAGUCGGUCAAGAAAACUUCUACGUGGAAGGUUCUCGAACUGAGCGAAACGACGAAUUUUCAGAUUUUCUAGCUAACCUAGAGUUAAACAGACAAAAGCACAUCCAUAAAAACCAACCAACCAAUAGAUCGAACUUCAAGUUAGACGAACUAAGAUCGUUCUUGCACAGGUCACUGCAUGCUGUAGAAGCCGUUCUCAUUCGUAAUACAGAAAACUGUGAUAAAUCUACGAAUCAGAGGGUAGACCUAAAGCUGGAGUCCACGCUAGCGAACAGUACAGUAACAUCUGCAAACUACGACAGCAAAUCCCGCCACAUCCUACUAACGUUUCAUGAAUGUGAUGUGGAAAAGUCCUACCAUAGGUAUGUGAUCAGCGUGUGGGAUACUAGAAACUGCAUCCGCCCCACGGCAAUUCUCUCGUGCUGGAGUAUCAUUGUGUGCACCGAGCGAAUUGGUCCCAUUAUCUUGGGAGGAACCACCGACGGAACAUUGUGCCUUUGGGACAUAGCGAAUAAUAAUGAGGAGCAAGCAGCGCCACUUCAACUGAUUGCUGGCAGCCAGCUAAACGACAAUAAUGUAAAUUGCCACUAUGGAAGCAUUGUGGCGGUUCGGUCAUCCGACCAGUCAGCCGGUGGCAAUAGUAUAGCAUCAUACCAGGUAAUUACACUAUAUGAAGCAGGAGUCUUGAUUACGUGGUCCAUAUCAAAAGUGAUUCAUUCUGCAGACUACGACAAUAAUUGUGAUUUGAACACCGUAUUUCACCCUGGCAAGUUCCAACUUAUUCAGCAAAACCUAAUGAACUUGCGCACGAUGAUGCAACGACCUAUGUCUACAAUGAACACCCGCAAAUCUAGAGUAGAUCAUUUCCAAAAAGGCAGCCUAGAGGAUUUACUCAAUUCUAAAAAUGAUACAACUGACGAGUUCAGAGGGAAAGAGUUGUGGUCAACUACUGAUAUGCAAAUUUGGCGCAACAAAGCUGUUUUAUUGCUGGAUCAACACAUCCUUGUGAUUAACUAUUUGGAACAAAAGUGCUUACUUGUAUUGAGAAAUCUAGAUCACGCUUUAAGUUUAAAGGAACACCCUUUAAUGAAUGGAUUCAUGUUCACGAUAUCAUCGGAUAAUUCAGUUAGGAUUUUAAAAAUCCACAAAAAUAUCAACAACUUGUCACCUCUGAACACAUUAACAGAACACAACGCAAGACAGCAAUAUUCGCAGUCAACCACGAAACAUAGUCCUGUUCUGAAUAACAAAUCCUGCGCUAUUCAGAAUAUCGUGAAAAAUGAGCGCAAGUUGUACCAUGAAGCCAGUAGCCACGCGGACGGCCUCCUUCGACCACUAAGCAGCCACUCUAGUGAGAAUCAACGCAUCGCCCAGCAGCGGUUUGAUCAAAGGAGCCCUGAUCAGGUUCAUAUGUACCACAAUCAGCUAUUUUUCCUGAGACAGCUAGAUCAAAGGAAUCCAUGGAUGCGCUUUCUCAGCCAAGGACACAUCCUUUGUGUCGGAACCGAACGCAAUGCGAGAUUCAUUGACCUAAAAACCGGCCAACAGAGCUGUUUAAGUGAUUACAUUGAUACAACCCAUGAUGCCGGCAAUCGCAGACUGCUCGGCACGACAGACAAACAAAUGAUAAUGACAACGGAUGGACAAGACAUAUUUCUGCACGACAUAUCAAGCAGUUUCAAAAGCCCGUAGAAGCACUGGUUUUCAAUAAAAUAAUUAAAAUUUUGUCCUAAAGGGUA